AUGGGUCUCAAUUUUCAGGGUGCCAAUGCAGUGGCAGAUGCAAGAGAAAGUGGGGGUGAAGUUAGUGGGACAUCGGGCUUGCCUUUCUCGGCAAAGGAGACGGUGAAGGAAGGGUUAUAUGAAGCGACACAUCAAGGUCUAGCCAUGACGAGUGACCCUGCAAAAGAUGGACCUGUGAAAGCUACUGAGAUGGCAGAAACUGUGGGAGACACAGCCAAGCUCACCAUGGAUGGUGCGUGGAAGGCAAGUAAGGAGACUGCCGAACAGAUCAAAGACCGAGCGGGCAUUAGGCAAAGAUCGUCAUCGUGA